AUGCGCAACCAAUCGCAUGUCUCGUUUAGUCAUAAUGAAAGUGAAAGUAAUAAGGAAUCCGGCAGCAUAACAAAGGGUUUUGUAUGACCAGUUAUCAGUUGAACAAGUCCACCAAGAAACGUCGUGGUUUGCGUGUAUAGGAGCGUGUACGGUAAAUGAACAUGGCCUCCACUGGUAUUCUCCUCUUUAUUUUCACUGUCCUCUAUAUCAGUGCAGGAAAUGCAAAGAAAGAUUUCAUAAAUGUGCAAUGCAAGACUGAAAACGUGGGACAGUAUGGCCAGCAGUCACUGCUGGAGUGUGUAAUUCAAACCGGGAAAGAUGUAACAGACGCACAAAUCCUGGUGGUCACUUGGAAGAAACAGGGAGAUGAGGGGCCUUUACUGGUUUUUAACAGAGGGGUUACUAAGCAUCAGCCAGGCUUUUCGUUUGCUGAACCGUCCUGGAACAACAGGAACAUGAACGUAUCCCUGCUCAUCACCAGCACUGCUGUAGUGCACAAGGGAGUUUAUACAUGUGUGGUGAUGACAGACAGCGGUGAUGGCUCCAAGUCCACUAGCCUUGAAGUCACAGCCAAAUACAACGUACCAACUAUACAAUCCACACCCAAGAGCAUUACUCCAAAUACAGAUUGCACCCUGACGUGUGAGUCUAAUGGUGGCUACCCAAAAGGUCAACUUCGCUGGUUUGAUCAGGACAACAAAGACUGGACAAAGAGCUCUAAAAUGGAGACGAAGCUGACAGAAAGUGGUCUGUUUCACCUCUCUAGCAAGCUGAGUUUGCUGCGAGGAUCAGUUUUCUCCAAAUAUACCUGCGUGGUGUUCAAUGCCAGUGGAGGCAAAGAGGAUGAGGCCACAUUUGAAGUUCUAAAAGAACCAGAAACUCGAGAAGGAGUGCCAAAAGGUUCAGCCUCCAAGAUAGUCGCUCCUCUGGUGGUAAUCGGAUCGCUGAUCACAGGAUUGCUGAUAGCGCUGCUGUUUUACAGAAGGCGAUCUAAACAGACCCGGAGACACUCUACAGCACCCCUUAUGGGUGACCAUCAAGGGGUUUGUACAAAUGAGUCAGAUGCUGAGGAAGGUGGUCAUCAGGAGAUGGAUACAAAAUGCCGAGACAGCCUAGCCUGAGGAGACACUGCAUGUCACAUGUAUAUGCCAACUUAUCGCCAACCUCUGAAAUGAACACUUCCUUGUUUGCUAAAUUCCACUCUGCAUUUGCACUUUUCCGACUGUUUAUAUAACCAGGAAUAACUUGUAAUACUGUGAUUUCUCAGAGGAAGUGUAAGCGCUUCAUUCCCCUAAGCUUACUAAGUAAACUCUCUUAAAUCAAGUCUAAAUCUAAAAAAGAUCUUGACUGAUUUUGGAUCAGUGACUGACGACCAGAAGCAAGGGGGUCGUGUUCAUGUUCCUGUGGCCUUACUUCACACUAACACAAGUCACAAGUGUUACCCCUAGUAAAACAGCUGUGUUUUUGGCAAACAAUACUCAAAUAUGAGUAAAUGGUGUAUUUGUAAAGAACAAUUUUCAGCCACAGAUUAUUUGGUUAUUUCCGGCUUUAAGACAAAUAAUAAAGUCAACUGGUCCAACUUUUAAGUCCAGUUUUACCCCUCACUGUCCUGAGAACAUUCAACCGCUGCAAAUUUCACAUCCUUUUUCUAACCCCCGAGAAAGUUCACUAGAUAGAUGCUGGUCGCAUUUCCAUGUCUCACAUGAUCUCACUUCACUUAAUUGCUUUUGCAAAAUAGCAUGUGGUGUAUCAAAGCCCAAAACACAUGUUUGUGUUCCCCUAACUUAGUCUUCGGUGAGACUGUGUUUAUGUAACUUUUGGCAGCAGUAUGCAACUUCCUUGCCAAAUCAACACUUAUCUUCACCAUCUCAGACGUUCUUCUCAGAGGUUUUUGGUUUCAUUUUUCUCAUCUGAGACCAGCUGUCAAAGAAAUGGUGGCCCAUAUUUUCAGGCUUUCAGGAUCAUGAUUUUGCUUGGUAAUAGAGCAGCUAACAAAAUAUCCUGUAAUCCAGGUCUGUACUUAAAAGCUUUGUCCUGACACCACCAAAUCAAAGUUAGGAGUGUUCAACAAAAGCACCUUAUCUGCAUCUGCAAAAGUAUAUGAUUAACUGUCACAUGAAGUUAUCGGGUUAAUCAUUGGCUUUUUGGAUAGAGAGAUACAACACCAAUAUAAAAGUUAUUAUUAAAACAUUUUUUUAAUUUUAAAGUUUAUUCUGGAAAUUUAACAACCACAAAUGUCCAAAACUUGCGCUUGUGAUUACUGAAGAAGCUGUUUUUAUAAAUCUGUGAAAAUUUUAAUUCUGUGUGUCUGUGUGAAUUUAUGUUGUUGACAGUUUAUGCAUCAGGUCAAAAUGAAAACACUGGACUACAGACAGUCCUAACAUUUUAAUUACUUUGUAUUUGUGUUUUAUGAUAAAUAUACAUUGUAUAAACUGUAAUCUGUGAUUUUUUAAUGCAAUAAAACAAAGUUUGAACUGAAAAA